GUGAUUGUUUGAGUGUGUGUGUGUGUCAGGCACUUGGACUCCGUGUACAACACAGGAAAGAAGUGUUUUUAUUCUCUCUCAUUGCCGCGGCCUAAAUUUGAGAAUGACUGCAACCCUCCUCAUCGUCGCCUGCAGCCUCCUCGUCUUCCAAAACGUACAAGGGGUGCCCAAGACUGCUGUGUAUAAGUUUAUCAAGUGUCGACCUGAAAGCAACCAAGCAAACUGUGUGACUCAACAAGGACCAGACAUGGAGUGGAGUCCUGACCUGCCGUCCAAACUGCCCGCUUCAAGUGCCCAGUACCUUGAAGCCUUCCCUGUGGAUAAGGAUGAGGGUCCAGCAGGGAGGAUGAACGAGCUAGUUGACGAUGGUUCUGGUUAUGAAGGCUCUGCUGGUCAAUUCUUGAUGGACACAUUUGACGUGAACACAGAAAGAGAGAUGGGUUCUGGCGAGUCUGAGACCCCCAGAGACACAGAACAAUACAAAGUUGGACGACAAUACUCGCAGGCCUUCAGGCAGUUCCUCAGGGGCUCUCGGCAAGACUUGGAGGAACCAGCUGAGAAGGAACUGAAAGAAGACCACCUUUUGCAGUUGUAGACUUCUACAUGGUCGCUUCAUACUGAAAAGUUUUCGCAUCACCAUCUGGUGGCCACACGUGUAUUAAAGAUCUUUUGUAGCUGCAGCAUUGCUCCUUGUCAAAAUAAACAUACAAUGGAGUUUUUCAGUUAAAUUCUUGCUGCUAAACUAUACUAAAAAACUAAUGCAUCUUAUUUGAUGCUUUAGUCACUUUACAUUAACCCACUUGUGUAAUAAAUAUUUCUGAGCCUAUGCAAGACACAACAUGACAAUCUUACACAACAAACUCCCUGAGAAAAAAAUGUGAGUUGAGUCAUAUUCAAAGUUAAGUCAUUAAAGCGCUGUUUUUGUCAACAAAAUCCUAAUAAAGUGUUUCUAUCACUGGAAAUCAAGAA